AGAUGUUGGUGUCCACACUGUUUGUGCGGAGAUGACCCAGCAGUUUCUAAAUUACACAAAGUCUGUAGGGAACGAUUUAUCUACCCCCCACCCUCCACACUUCCAGGGAUUAAAACCUGGAGACAGAUGGUGUCUCUGUGCAUCCAGAGACGUCCUACACCCACACACCAAAAUUGAAGUGACUAUAAUAAAUCAAUAAUGAAAUGGAAAGAGGCUUUUAUGGUUGGGAUGGCUCCUCCCGUUGAUCUAAGCGCCUCUCAUCAAAACUCUCUACGUAUUACCUCUCUAACAGAACUCUCAGUGCAUGGAUUAAAGAGUUCCAGCGACAAGUAGAAAGUUGAAAAUUUGUUGAAUUUUUUGUUAGUCUUAUCUGGCCUCCAUUCGCAGAUAAUCGAUAAUCAUUUGAUUCUCAAAAUACUGUUUAAAAUAUAUAUAUUCAGAUAAAAUGUCCGAAGAUUAUUCCUAUAUACUUGUAGAACAGUAUGCCACAGAGGUUCUUGAUUUUUCAAGUCAAUAUGGUUCAGAUAACAGUAUAUCUUACACAGCACAUAAUAUCACAGGAAUGCCCAGUAAGUUUCCGUCCUAUGGUGAUUUCUCCCAGACCUAUGUAAUGCGAGAUUAUGGGCCCUGGUGGAAGGAUUGUCCUAGUGGCAAGGUUUGGAGAAAGCCGUUUAAUUCUCCUAAAAGUAAUAUCAAACCUCCAGACAAUUUUAUUGACAUAAAAUACGAGCACUGUGUUUAUCCAAUCCGGAUUCAUGUUUACGAGACCUACAAUCCUGGUGGUAUUACGGCCAUCUGGGCAGGAAAUUGUCAGGGAAACUGGAAACUCCUUUGGGGUAUUUCAUCUUCAAAAGAAAAUCAGGAUGUAUCCCAGAGACCCCGUAUUUUUUCUCCUCCACUUCAACAAACAAGCUUUCCAACAAAACUUUUAAGACUUGAGUUUGAACAGACACAUUUGCUAUAUUACACAGAAAUAGAUGCAGUUGCACUUUUAGGUACCCUGUCUCCAGUAUCAACUGAAGCAAGGAUAGGAGCUAUGCUUCCUGAGAAUAUGGGAGAAAUUAUGAAAACUAUUGUAAAAAGAAAACUGCACAUAUUACCGCAGGACACAGAUAAGAUAAUUUAUAAUUGUGCAACAAUGUUAAAUAAAAGAUCUCUUCAAGCUUUCCAAUCCAGAUUAGAGGAGAGAGAGAGAAAUCCAGGAGAUAGUAAUUUAGGUUUAUUUGACCGGCUGCCUCGUGAAAUAAUGCUGCAUAUCCUGAGCUACCUGGAUCUAAUUACACUCGUUCAAAUCUCCGGAGUCUCAACUCUCUUCAGAGAGUUCGUAUCAGAUCCUUACCUCUACACUUCUCUAGACCUUAAAGAUAUUUUCUACUGUGCUUCAUCACAAACAUUAAGCUGGCUGGAGACAAGGUGUUCUGCCCUGGUUGAACUGGAUCUAUCCUGGUGUGGAAACUAUGGAAAAAUUAAACCAUCAGCUCUUCAGCAGUUUAUUGAAACCACUGGACACACAUUAAAUUCAAUCAGACUGGACAAUUGUCACGUGGCAACAGUAUCUGUUCUUAACACCAUUGUCUCCUUUUCCCCCAACCUGAAAAGACUGAGCCUGGGGAACUGUCAUCUGUUAACUCUGCCAGAUUUCCAUCUUCUCUCACAACUAGAGAAUUUAGUUUCUUUAAACCUUUACAGAACCUCAGUGGGCCAAACUUCUAUUAUAACUAUCCUCUGUAAUAACAGGAAGCUAAAGCAUCUUUGCUUGGCUGGAUGUCAGAAUAUAGAUGGAGAUGAAGUUUGUAUAGUCUUAAGUCAUUGUCAGUUAGAUCUUGAAUGCCUGGAUCUAUGGAGAUGUAGUACUCUGUCGGAUAGAGGGAUUGCAUCCCUUUCACUCUGCACAAAACUUAGGGAUCUUGAUAUUGGAUGGUGCCUUAGUAUUCCAGGGGGUACAGGUGCCUUGGUACAUUUGAUUGAAAGCUGUCCAGGGCUAGAACGUCUUUAUCUCACCGCUCACAGACAAACUGGAAACAGAGAACUUAAAGCUUUGUGUAAAUUGAAGAAUUUAAAACAGUUGGAUAUUUUGGGGAACAGAAAUAUUACUUUUUCUGCAUUACAGGAGCUGGUUAGUUUUGUACCGAGCUUGCAGCUGGUUGAUGCUAGCUUCUGUACCCAGCUAGAGGAGGCAGAAGUUAGACAGCUUAGACAAGAUUUUCCAAAUCUCACAAUUAAAUGGAGCUUCAUAGAUGUCCAAUAAAUUCGUGAUUUUUUGUUUUUGCAUAAGAUAGCUCGAGCCUAAAAGAUGUAUAUUUGAACGUUCUUUAACAUGAGGGAUAGCUAGAGUCUAGCAGGUGGAAAACUUGAACCUAGAAGGUCAAAUUUUUCUUGUAUCAUUUUGAUGUAAAUAUUUUUUAUCGUUUUUAUGAUAUUUACACCUUUUCCAACUUAUCCCGUUAAUUAUAUAGUUUUUGUGCGCUUUUUGUCGAAAAAAACAAUUUCUCACAUUUUUGAUAAAUAAAGUCAAAAUUUUACCUUUACAGAA